GAUUCCUUCUCAAUCAUCUAGUCAAUGGAAUAAGAUGAAGUGUGUAAUAUUACUAGCGAUAUUGUACAGUGUGAGUGCAGUUCACGUGGUGCAGUUGUCGUUUAAACAUGAGUUGAAGUCGGACCUGAAGCCGUUCAGAUUCCACUUCAAAUAUCCGCCUAAGAACCCGCCGAAGGUCCCGAUUGAAGUGGAGAUCCGCAGGCGGGGACAGAACCAGACUAAAUCUGGGACAAAGAAAGACGAUAAGAAUUCUACGGCUAUACAGCAACCUACUUGGAAGAAACAGGCCUGCGAGAAACUGAACCUAACGAUCGACCGAGAAGCGAUCAAGAAUGAAGACAACCAUUUUGUUUGUGAUGACAACGGCGAGGUGAAAUGCCUAGCCGGCUGGCAGGGGGACCUGUGUGACGUGCCCAUUUGUAAGAAAGGAUGCGAUCCCCUGCAAGGUUACUGCAAGAACCCAGGCGAAUGUCGGUGCAAGAUGGGUUUCUAUGGCGAGAAGUGCAACAAGUGCAUCGCUUUACCGGGAUGUCAGCACGGGUACUGCAACCAGUCGUUUGAGUGCAUCUGCCAUAAGGGGUGGGAUGGCCUGUUCUGCUCUGAACCCAUUUGCCGGGCGGAUUGCCACGCGACCCGAGGCUACUGUGAUGCCCCCAACGAGUGUCGCUGCAGGAUCGGCUGGUCUGGUCCCACGUGCCGCUCCUGCCAGCCCCUCCCCGGCUGCCAGCAUGGCUUCUGCGAGAAACCUUUGGAAUGCAAGUGCCAUCCGGGAUACACUGGCCUGCUGUGCCAAACACCAAUCUGCGCAUCGGGUUGCGACAGCGAGCACGGCUACUGCCGUCGUCCAGGGGAAUGCCGCUGCCGCGUCGGCUGGCGAGGCCUGGAGUGCUCCCAAUGCCACCCGUACCCUGGCUGCGUCCACGGCACCUGCAACCGGCCCUGGGAGUGCAACUGCAAGCCGGGCUGGGGAGGCAUGCUCUGUGAUGAAGCACUUGAUUUUUGCGAGAAAAAUGAAAACGUUUGCAAGAACGGUGGCAGCUGCCAGUCUUUGGAAGCCGGAGAUGGUCACUUCAGGUGUCAUUGUCCCAAAGGAGUCAGUGGCAAGCAUUGUGAGAAACUAUCCACCAACACUACUACACCUGCCCCAGUUAACAGCAACUCAACGGAAAUCACCACAGAAAAUGUAACAGAAUCUGAGAGUGCCACGUCUUCUGAAAACAAUGAAACCAGUGAAGAAGCAGAAAAUAAUGCAAGGAAAGCUACCACAGAGUCAGCAGAACCUAUACGAACUAUGGCUGAUACAAUUUCUAAUCAAAUAGAGAAAUUGAGACACAAUCUGUAUAGUUUCAUUGGUAUAUAAACAUUUUUUUGAAGUAUUUGCACUGAUAGUUACUUAGUGAAAACGUGAUUUAAAUACUACAAAACUUUAAAUUAUGUAAAAGUGAUAGCAUUCGAAAUGUAAUUAAUCAAAUUUUAUCAAUUAGAGUUUUACGUGCAACAUAAUUUCUUAAAUCCAAACGCGUGACUAAUGGUGUUGCCAUAGCAUGCUAUCUUUAUUAUAGGAUUGGUUUAUUUCCUAGAAAUAAUUUCCGUUUUGUUUGUUACUUUGUAAUACGUUGAGUAUUUAUAGUUCUUUUUUACGAGACAAGCACAGACUGAUUGCAUUUACUGAGUCUUAUUUAUUAUUAUAAUCAUGUGAGAUUGAUUCUAAUUUAUUUAUGUGGUUGUUGAAAAUGUAUUUUUUAAGUUUUGACUCCUUGCAUGUUUCGAAAUGAAUGAUAAAUCUGCGUGAAUAUUAUGAUGUAUACAAUGUGUGUGGG